AGCAGAGGAUACACUGUAUUCAGUAGAGUCGCAGUACAGCAUGGGCUACAUCCUCUCCGCACUGCUGCUGGCUCUAUGGGCUGCGCUGCCGGGCUAUUCAGAAAAAAUAAAACUCCCACAUGUUGAGACAUAUGAAAGUGUGUUCCCCAUAAAGUUGCAUCACGUCUUUUCCAAAAGGGACUUACAUGGGACACAGGACCUGUACCCAGACCAUGCUCACUACGCACUGACUGUGGGAGGCAACAAUCUCAUACUGAAGCUGAUAAAGAACAGGGAAUUUCUUGGGAAAUCGUUUACAGUGACUUACUAUUUGGAAGAUGAGACGGAAGUGACAGAAACUCAGGAUGGGGAGGAUCACUGCUUUUACCAUGGAGAUGUGGAUGGAGAGAGUGAUUCAUCAGCCAGCAUCAGCAUCUGUAAUGGAAUAAAUGGGUUCUUUCAGGUGGAUGACCAGAUGUACUUAAUAGAGCCUCUCUCAGGGGUCGAUGACCAAGGUGAGCAUGCUGUCUACAAACAUGAACACUUGAGGAUGAAGAGAGGAACCUGCCAAGACACCAACAGCAAUACUGUGUAUGACUAUGGGCCUAAAGUGGCAGCAAUGCUGAAGCCCCAGUCCUGGAGAUUUGCCCCUCUGCACACUGGCAUCAGAUAUGUGGAACUGUUCCUGGUGGUUGACAACACUGAGUACCUCAAAUACAAAGACAUCCCCACUCUCCAGCAUCGCAUGAAAGAGAUUGUCAACCAUGUAGAUAAGCUGUACCGUUCCUUGAAUUUCCGAGUUGCUCUUAUUGGUAUGGAGGUUUGGACCAAACGUGACAAGAUAGUAGUGAGCCCCAAUGCUGGUGUAACUUUAGACAAUUUCCUGAACUGGCGCAAGAAGGACCUUCUACGAACAAAAGUCCAUGAUAAUGCCCAGCUCAUCACUGGGGUGGACUUCGAAGGGAAUACUGUCGGCCUGGCCACCAAACUUGCAAUGUGUACUGGUGACUCUGGAGCUGUAAACCAAGACCACAGUACAAAUCCCAUUGGGGCUGCGUCCACCCUGGCACACGAAAUGGGGCACAACCUUGGCAUGUCUCAUGACGAAGAUUUGGAAGGAUGCAGCUGUGCCGUCAGUCGAGAAAAAGGAGGUUGUGUCAUGUCGAAGAUUGUUGGCAUAGUGUAUCCCAAAAUCUUCAGCAGCUGCAGCCGGAAAGACCUACAGACUUUCCUAAGUAAUAUAAGCCCCAGCUGUCUCUUCAACGUCCCAGACAGUAAUCAGCUAUUUGGGGGUCCAGUCUGCGGAAAUGAAUUUGUGGAAAGUGGAGAGGAGUGUGACUGCGGAACACCUGAGGAAUGCACUAACCCGUGUUGCAAUGCUACCACAUGCAGGCUGAAGGAAGGAGCAGAGUGUGCACAAGGAGAGUGCUGCCAGCAGUGCAAGAUCCGUCCAGUUGGGGAAAUGUGUCGCAAGAGAAAGGGAGAGUGUGACCUGCCUGAAUAUUGCUCUGGAAACUCUGCCCAGUGCCCCGAGGAUGCUUUUCAGGAGAAUGGAGCGUCCUGUGCAUCUGGGAGCAGCUACUGUUACAAUGGAGACUGCCCAUCUCUUGCUCAGCAAUGCAAGGCACUGUGGGGAUCAGAUGCACAAGUUGCCCCAGAUACAUGCUUCAGGAGCAACAUUCAUGGCAACAAACAUCUGCACUGCAAGAAAACGGAGCAUGGAUUUCAAGGCUGUAGAGCUAAGGAUGCGAAAUGUGGCAGAAUACACUGUAUAAGGGGCACGGAAUUCCCUAUAACUAACAACAAGUAUAUGAUGAAACUUCAAGGCGGCCAGGAGUGUAAGGUGGCUGAGGUUGCUGAUGAGGAGAGAGGGAUCACUCCUGAUCCUGGCAUGGUUUCAACAGGGACAAAGUGUGGCACAGGAAUGGUGUGUUUUGAUGGUGAAUGCCAGGAUUUAUCGGUGUAUGGAGAACAGAACUGUUCUGCAAAGUGCAACAACAGAGGGAUUUGUAACCACAAGCAACAGUGCCACUGUGAUCCUGGCUGGGCACCACCAUACUGCGACCACAAAUUUACAGAGAACUAUGCAGAGAAUGACAAAGGGGUUCUAGUUAUUGGAAUUCUAGUCGCUGUUUCUCUCUUAGCCAUCAUUGUUGCCAUAAGCAUUUUCUACUACAAGAAAAGACAAAGGAAAUUUCCAGAAAAAAGGACGGCCACUCCUGGUUCAGGAUCUGGAUUGUCCAAUCCUUUAUUCCAAGACAGCGGUAGCAGCAAGCCUUUCAUCAAGAGGGAUGCCUUCAGUCACCUGAUUGGGCAUCCUCGGUUGAUUGCCAGCACGUCUAAUCUGCAAGACUCCAGCGCUGCAUUCAUCACUAUAGUCCCCAGUGAUGACACAGUGAAGAGUCCCUCAUUCAUCUCCAGUCCCCAGCCGGUGACUCCUAUAUCUAUCCCCAAAUCCCCACAGGUGUCAAAACCUCCUGUAGCCCCGCCUAGACCUCCAGGCACAGCUGUGUCAGCACAAGGUGGACCAAAAUGCCCGCAGAAACCGACACCUCCAAACAAACCAUUGCCAGUCCUGAAACCAAAACCGGUAUUAAAACAGAAGCCAUCACCUUUGGCUCCUUUACCGCCUUUAAAACCGUCGUCAAUGAAGACUACCCCUCACCCAUUGCAUAAAAUUGCCUUGAGACCUCCAGUACAACAGAGAUGACCCUAUCCAUGAUCUACGGGGCUAGCCAAAGAUUGAGAAAUUGCAUAAGACAUAUCAGUGUCAAGUUGUCUACCUAAGUCAUGGUAACCACUCUAAAAACACAAGAUGUGCCUUAAGGAUCCUUCUUAUGAGAUUAACAAGGCUUGUGACAUCAAUUUCCAUUAAUGAAGCCUUGAGCAGAAGGUUUCUGCUUUCUGAUUGGUUUAGCACGUUACAAAAGGCAGUUUGUGUUUGAGGCAAGUAUGUAAAAAAACAAGUGGAAUGAAGAUUAAAUACCAUUCAUUGGGACUGCAGUUGCUGGCGUCAGGAUAUGUGUGCUAGGAUUAAGUACACUGUGAGAGUAUCAUACUGCGUUAAAGAAAGAAGAUUCACUCCGAGUAAAUGAAGGAAGAAUUCCAAGCUACCACUCUCCUUACAGUGCAAUAUGGGUUUGGGGUUUAACAGACCAGACAGUUUGCACUAAAAGGCAUGGACAUCCACUAGGAAAAAAUGUUUUUAAGCAAGAAUCUCAAGUGUGUUUAAAAUAAAUAUAUUUUUACAUUCA